AUGGAGAAGAGCAGCUACGCCAUGGCCAAGUUUGGGUUGGAAGCCAAAGAGGUGAUGCCCAAGAGGGACUGUGGCUUUUACAUCAAGUACAUCUUCCUCUUCACCUCCCUCAUCCAGUUCCUCAUCAUCCUGGGCUUGGUGCUCUUCAUGGUGUAUGGCAACGCACAGGCUGGCACCGACACACACCUGAGGACCAUGGAGGAGCAGGUCCAGAACAGCUACAGCAAAAUCAUCACCCUCAGUGCCAGGAACCUCAACCUCACUCGCACCCUCAACGCCACCCUCAAGGACAAGCAAGGCCUGCAGGUCCUCCUCCAGAAGGUCCAGAGAGACUUGGAUAAAUGCAACAGCACCCAGGGUACCAACCCCAUCCCCAAGCUGCAGGAGAUGAUGAGGAUCAUCUACUUCCAGAAGACAAAGCUGGAUGAGUGCCACAUGACCAUCAGCCUCAUCAAUGCCAGCUGCAACAUUGAAAAGGCUCUAGCGAGGAGCCAGCUGGACCAGACCAGCCUGACCAUGAAGGAGCUGGAGGAAAACACCCGCAAAGGUGGUGCCACGCUGAGCAAAGCCACCCAGGAGCUGGAGAAGUGCCAGCAGGACCUUCUCACCGCCAGGACCGACUACAAGUCUGCAGAAACCCAGAUGGAUCUGCUGAAGCAUGAGUGUGGCUCCCUGAGGUCUGAUGUGAGCUACACCUUCCAGCGCAUCAAGGACAUGCUCAGCUCCUACAGCUGCAAAGCUGCCCACGACCAGGUCACUUGGCUGGCACAGAGGACAGAAGGACUCUUCCUCUGGCAGCAGGAACGGGAGACCAAGUACGUGGGGAAGAGUGUGUGUGACAUGUACGUGCUCCAGUGCCGUGUCAACUGCUCUAGGGAGAAGCAGGAGCUGCUGAAGAGGCUGCAGGACCUUGAGAAGCAAGUCAAGGGCGGCCAAGAGGAGAAGAAGCAGCUGACGGCGGAGAAGGAGAGGCUCGGCAAGGAGCUGGAGGAGAAGGGCAAGGCGGCAGCACAGGCUGGGUACUUCAAGGAGCAGCUCAACAUCUGCUUGGGGUCCAAGAUGGAUGUCUUCUUCGACAUCACAGGCUCACGGGUGCCAGGCAGCGUGGGGCGGCCAGGACCCUUUGCCAGCACCAGCUCCUACACGGAUGCCCUGAGGAACCAGGGGAAAAUCAACGCAGAGGAGAUCCAGCGCUCGGUGCAGAAGAUCAUGGAGCAGUACACAUCCACCCUGAGGAACCCCAGCUCCAUCCUGCCACGGGACCCCUCGGACGCGCCAAGGCGCGGGGCCAGGGCGCCGCGGUGGGCGCAGGAGGCGGCGAUUAAUCACCGCCUGCCGCUCGCUGAUUUACAGCCUCGCUUCCCGCUGCUUCCUGGCCGGAGCAGCUCUUCCUGCCCGCCGGGCUCCCCGCACGCCAUCUCCCACCGCCAGCACCUCGCUGCUGGCACGUAG